AUAUUGGUUGUCACUCCUCCUAUUCAACGCGCUGCUGGGCUGGGCCGGUUCUCACUCACUCGAUCGACACAAAUAAACACAAGGAAAACGUCUUGAAACCGGGUUGAAAAGUUUCACAGUCCGUCUCGUUUUUGGCGUGGUUUCUGUGUUCUUACAUUCGUUUCGGAAUUUACCGUGUAGGCUAUAGGCUAUAUUCGGGUGUUUUCGAGCCGAGUCAAACACGGACACGCGACGCUUGUGAAACUUUUGCGUGCGCAACGACACUGGAAGACGAAAUGGGGGAAAAUGAAGUAAAGACGGAGAAUACAGAGCAAAUGCAGGAGUCUCACGCUUCAAGCUCAGACAAAAUCGACUUGUCAUUAGAUGACAUUAUAAGGCUGAAUAAGAAAGAGGAGAAGGCGAACAGAGCUAAAAGUAAACGUGCUUCUAACAGGAGUAACGUCUUGAAGAAACUCAACCAAGUUCCACAGCAGCAGCAGAGGGGACUCAGGCAAGGCCAGCAGCGGUACCAAGGUCCUGGUGGGUUGAGAGGUUUGAGAGGUUUGAGAAGACAAAGGGGAUCCGCGAGAGGAAUGGUGUCGAGAGGGGGUUCACUAAACAGAGCCGCUGCCGCUACCACGAUCGAUGGACAGUUUGAUCAGACCACAUUCACAUCGAGGGGGACAUUCAGAGGACGGGGAAGAGGUAGAGGAAGAGGAGCCGGACUGAGCAGGGGUGCAAUGUCAGCAAGAGGACAAAGGGGUGGAAGACCAUUUGUAUUAGACAGAGGGUUUUCUGCCACAAAAAUGGCUGAGAAAUUGCAAAAGUAUCAGAAAAUAAGAGGAAGUCAAAGAACAGCACCAUCUGGCUCAACACUGACAGUUUCCCUGCCAAAUGCUAAAUCUGCACCUGUCGCUGUGAAGACACCUAUUCAGGCUAGGAGGGGUGGGGUGUUAAGGGGCAGAUCUAGAGGAGUUGGUACUUCUUUACCUAAGGGGAUUCCUCUGCAAUUUAACUACAAAGCAACCACCAACCAGACUUCCGUAUCCCUCAAUGACCGAUUCACUGACCUGAGUUUCAGUUGGCGAGGAUGGGGAAGGGGCAGUGGAAGAGGAGCUGUUCGAGGAGGCGGAGGAAGAGGAAACACUGUUAGGGGUGAACGAGGCAGAGGGAGAGGAAACACUGUUAGGGGUGAACGAGGCAGAGGGAGAGGAAACAUUGCGGGGGCUGGAAGAGGCAGAGGAAGAGGAAACAUUAUAGGUGCUGGAAGAGGAAGAGGAAACAUUGCGGGGGGUGGAAGAGGCAGAGGAAGAGGAGGGGUUGGUGUGACAAGAGGAGGACGAGGCUUGACAAGGGGGAGGGGAGAAUCAAGAGGAGCUGGUCGAACAGUAAUUCUUCAGUGAUUCGAAUAACCAUUGUUCAAUUUAAUGAAUUAGUGGAGUUUACUGUUAGUGACGCACCAAUAUUUUGGCAACCAAAAUUAUUUUUUUAACUAUUUGAAUUUGAAACAUCCCAAGCAUUAAAAAAAUAAAAAAUAAAAAAAUCAGUUUUGACCAAAAUAGUUUUGGAGGGAUUUGCUAUCACAGGACUAAAUUAAAGUUUAAAAUAUAUUAAAAUAUAAAAAAUGUUGUAAAUUGUAAAAAUAUUCCAAUUUACUGUAUUUUUAAUAAAAAUAAAUGCAGCCUUGGUGGACAUGAGAGAAUUAUUUAGAAAACAUGAAAAGAUCUUACAGACCACAAACUUUUGAACGGUAGUGUACAACAUAGAGAAAAAUAUCGAAUAUAUCUGAAUACAUCAGGUAUAAUCAAAAAACGGAACCGGUGAUUAUUUCCUACGAACAACAUGGAUAAGGUACAACAGUUACAACAUUGCUGCAAAAUGGAUGCUCUUCAUCAUGAACAAAAAUAUUGUUAGUGUAACAUGUAAAAGAUUUAGACUGAUAUAUCAAGAGUUGGCUAGUUGCGGAAGUUUAUGGCGACUGGUUUAAUUUAUCGCCCUAACCAUGACACCCUGAGCAGCAUAAGGAGUUUGAUUACCAAGAUUUAAUCAACAAAACUUUUCGAUUUCAGUUUUGGUUUUCAGCUAAAGGAAAACGUCUUGGUUACUUAUGUAACCCUUGUUCCUUGGAGGAGGGAUCGGAGACAUAGUCGAUGUGUCGACUGAUUGGGAUCACGCUCGAGAGCCUGUCAUCUUCAAGUACUGUUAAAACGAGCCAAAUGUAAUUGUCGUGACUCGUGCGUGAAAUGCUUUACACACUCCGUUCCUGCGGUGGGGGAAUAAAUACUGAAGUGGAUGCACGCACUAGUUAUUUUUCGUUGAGGAGCCAAACGUAACUCGGAGUCAGCGGUGGUCCAGCAAUAGUGGCGAUGGGACUAUGUCUCCGUUCCCUCCUUCAGGGAACGAGGGUUACAUAAGUAACCGAGACACACCCUUUCAGUCGCUCACAUUCAACUUAAUUGACGUUUUGACUGAUUAGCAUCCCAAUUAAAACGCCAUCUAGUGCUACCACCUUCCAGUGCCUAGACAAAAGCCCCGCAAAUUAAGGUGGGGAAGGGACAGGGUUAGGUAGGGAAGUCACUGCUGUUCCUACAGGACCACUGGGAAAGCAGAAGGGACGCUGUGGAAGCCACAUCCUGCCGGAAAGGAGGUAAAAUGUGGAGAAUAUACAUUAUACAACUGGGUGGAUGACCGGGCAGUACAACAUAUGGAACGUCACUGGGGUGGCUCCAGCCUAUGACAGUGGGGAGACUCAAACGAACAGUGAUGGCAGAGCAGACUCUGCCAAAGGAAGACACAGGCUCGCUGCAGGGAGCCGUACCGUGGAAGAAUACACAUAUGGGAUCGAAGAUGACAGGCUCUUUAAGCGUGAUCCCAAUCAGUCGACACAUCGACUACAUCGAACGUGAGCGACUGAAAGGGAACUUUAAUUACAGUUUCAGUAAGAAACACACAAGAAGAUAAUCAGAGCAAAACACUUCAUUUAAAACUUUACCAUAAUUUAACAAAACCCAAUUUUGACAGUGUAAGGCACACACAUGGUUCAUAUAAUCUGAUUUUAUUUGAACCUCUUAAACACUGCUGUGCUAAAUUUGAAACGCUUGUGAGAUUUAGAUUUUUUCAGAAAUAUUUGAGUUACAUGAAUAUAUUGACCUAAUACAACACCAAUACUGCACUUUGAGCAAAAUAUUUCUCUCCACAUUGUAAAAUCAGUCAAAAGUUAAUUUUGCCCUGAAAAUCAGAACAUAUUCUAAAUAGUACAUAAAUAACAAAAACAUUUGUGGAGACAAAAACCUAAGCAUCAUCCCUUUGCCUAGCUGUAUCAGGCCAUAGCACUUUGUCCACAUCACAGGCUACAGUAUGUCCUCUCUCGCAAGCCUUGAAUGACGUUGCAUCCUUGCAUCAAUUGGGCAAAAAAAAUCUCCUCAGUGGUGUUAAGGAAGGGAGAGAAUGGUGUGAGGUCUUGGAGUAAAAAUUGUGAAUCAUGAAACCAGUUUUGGACCAAAGCAGAUGAGUAAAAAAAAAAAAAAAAACAUUGUCCCAAAUGAAAAUGUUUCUCAUCUGCUCUUCAUUCAUUUGGUCGUCUGCUGUGACAAUGUUGUGUAGUCUAUCUAAAAUGUGAGUAUGCUGGCUGUGUUGUCAGGACCUAAAGUUGCAAUGCAGGUGGAGGAUCCCAUUCUGUGUGAUUGCAUCACACAUUGUGAUGUUACCACCACAUUGGCCCGGUAUAUUCAAAAUUGCUCUGUGGUCAAUGAUGUUUCUCCAUUCUUACUUUUACUCUGAAAAAAAGACAACAUUGUGUAGUUCAAUAUAGGUCUACUGUAAAUUUACAUGUAAAAAGGUUCUAUGUGCAGUGCACUAUACUGAGGUGUACAUUACUUACCUCGAAAUAUUCACAGGAAGCACACAAAUAUGGAAUACAGGGAAUGGGUAAUGAAAAGUGCUGAUGGAAGUCAUUAAGUAUAGGCUACAUUGUACUGAUUGUACUGUAAACAGUAGAGAAAAGUUGUUUGUUUUUUUUUCACCUUGUGCUCUUGUCGAAAUAUCAGAUGUAUUAGCAACAUUGUAUCUGCUGAGGUUGGACUGAACUCUCUAUCCAGUCUCUCAAUGUCAAACUAUGGUUUACAACAAUGUUG